CGAACCCUCCCCUUUCAGCACUAAGUUAGGUUAUCAAGAUUGUUUUGGGAGAUGAGUUGAAUCUUUGCUAGCUAAUAGUUAGCCUCCAGUCUCAAAGUUCUUACAGGAACAGCAGUCUCCAAAAUGUCGAGGCUAGAGGUUGGUGAAAACUACUCUCUCAGGACGAGCACGUAAUGGAUUUAAGGUCCAGCUGUUGAUGUGUUGACUGGUACCUUAUCAUACAGGCAGCUGUGAGGACAGGAUGCCAGAGAUGACUGAAACUCAGACACCUGGCCGUAAACCUAAAAAGAAGAAAAACAAAGAAUCUCACAAUGCAGUUGAGAGACACAGAAAAGAAAAGAUUAAUGCUGGGAUUAACCGCAUUGGUAAUCUUUUGCCGUGUUCCCAGGCACUUAAACAGAGUAAGAACAUGAUAUUGGACCAGGCCUUUCGCUACAUCACUGAACUGAAGAAACAAAAUGAUACAAUGCUUCUGGAAGGAGGAGAUAAAGUCCAAGCGGAGGAGAUCCGUCGGCUGCGGCGUCAGUUGGAGGAAUUGAGGAGGGAGAGUGCUCACUACAUCGAGCUCCUCAAAGCCCAUGACAUUAACCCUCUAGAGGAUCCCACUAUCCACUGGAAGGGCAAACAAAGGUGUGCUAAAGUGGCAAAAGUUCCCCCGACUCACCAACUCCCAAAGGGGAUCAUUGUCUGUUCUAAUGGCAAUGGAAUAUCCCUGGCAGGAAAGGAGGCUAGCCCAGGAAAACAGUCAUCUGAAACAAUGAUUAUUCAGCCAUCAUCUGAGACCAGUGCCAGAUUAAGGGUUAAUGGAGCCCUGCUGCAUGUUAACAACUCUUCAUCGACCCCUGCACUUCUCCCUGGGUCAGCAGCAGCACCUACUCAAUCUAAUGCCAGCCUGAGAAUGAUAGAGCAGUGUGUGGUUGAGGCACCAGCUGUGGUACCCACUCUGCCACCUUCUGUGUCUUACAUCACCCUACAGAUCCCUGCAGCAUCCACAUCCCUGCCUCAGCAAGCUCAGCCUGCCAUCCCAGCUCAGACCCUCACUUUAGCGGCUACUUCAGCUUCACAGCUCCCAAAUGAAAGCCCUGCUCUGCCUGCAUCCACUAACCUUACAAAAGCCUCAGAGGCUUGCUCUUGGGUAACACAGGACACUGCCAUAAGGACUGCAAGUUACACUGCUAUCCCAAACAGCCAAGCCCUUCUCAGGGCUGGGGCAGCAGGCAGCACACAGACUACCUGGACAACACUGCAGAUGGCAGGGAACACAGUGCAGCCAGUCUGCCAAAGUCUUUCCACUCCAGAAGUCAGCAACACCACCCAGCCUGUCCAGCAGGUGACUGUAUGUCCAAUGGUCAGCAAAUCAUCUGUUCAUCCCAUUCAAAUACAGAUGCAACCACAGGUGCCUGUACAGCAGGCCCCUCUUACAGGACACAUUCAAGCGCAGCCCUUUCAAAGAGCACCCCAGAUACGGCCAGCAGUCCUAAACCAGGCACAGCCUCAGCCUGUCUUAGCACACCAACCUCAGUGCGCUGUUCUUCCUCAAUCAGCCAUAGUACAGCAGCCAUCUGUGGUGGCCCACCCUGCUGUUGUGUCUCAGUCCCAGCCUGCUCUACUUCAGCCAGCGUCAUUGGUUCCCCAUCCUCCAACAGCCAUAAUCCCACAGCCUCAACGGCUCCCUCAGCCAUCCUUGGUGCCCCAGCCACAGGCCACCGUGCUUCCACUUCUUCAAACCAUGCAGGUACUGCAGGUCAACCCAGCUGGAGCAACAGCUUCAAGUGUUACAGUACCACAGAAUACAAACAAUCCAAGUGUUGUAAUCCUGCAGCAGGCCAGCGCCUGCCCUACCCAGCCAGUUGUGAGGGAGGAAAUAACAAGUCAGACACCAUGUCAGCAUUUUGUAAUCAUCCAGGCACCCAAUCAGGCAGCAACGUCUGCUCAGAAUCCUCAAGUUGGUAUGGUUCCUGCUGCUAUCCCCACUGCGUCCACUCAGAUACCCACAACCAGCACUUCAGUGUCUGCCCCGUCCUUGCAGAGUGUAGGGGGAAAGCAGCUGGUGCAUAUUCUUCCUCGCCCUAUUCAGCCUCAAGUGAACCAUCCUCCACUGGCCACCCAGACAUCAUCUUCUCCACCAGUUCCUACAACCCCACAGACUAUCACUGUGAAUGGACAGGUGUUUGCCCUGCAGCCUGUGAAGACCUCUGAUAAGGCUGGCUCCCAGGGUGGUCAGAGUACAUUGCAGCUGGUCCAGCCCACUACCAGUGAGGAACCAACUACUAAUGUGGCCCUCAACAGCUUAGGGGCCCUUAGCAGUCUCAAUCAGAGCAUCUCUCAGGGCCUUCCUCUUAACAUUUCUAGUCAGAACAAUGGUCAGCCUCCAGCUGCUCCAUUAUCAGUAUUGCAGCAGCAGCAGCCUCCUGCUCCAGCAUCCAUCUCUGGAGCCACACUUGCACUACCUGCCCGACAGCUGCAGGUCCCAGUCACAUCAGGGCUGGUGGUUAGUGCCUCUAAGCCUUCAGGAAAAAGGCUUUGCACAACCUUGAAUACAAAGAGAGCAGCAGCUAAAAGGACUAAAUCUGCAAAGAAAAAGGAAAUUAGUCCCCCACAAGCUGCUGUUGCGCGUUCUGCCAAGCCAGUAGCUUCUACAGGAGAGAGCCAAAUAGUUCAAGUUACAGGAUCUCAAGCUUUACAGUCCUCAACUGUUAAAGCCACAGAUAUUCAUCCCACAUGUUCCACAGCUGUCACAGUUACAGAUAAAGCUAUAGGUAGUGUCACUACAGCACAGAACACACAGAAAAUGGUUGUAUGCAGUUCAUCAAGUGAGUCAGCUGUGUUUAGUCAAUCCCAUCCACAGGAUAAAAGCUCUGUCAGUGCAUCUCAGAGUGAUUCAGUAUUCAGUCAUUCUAACACUAGCAAUAUCACAACUGCAGUUACAGCAGUCAAUACAUUGAUCAAGCCAUCAGUUAGUGCAGAUUUUGACAAGAGUAAAGUAUCUUUACUUUCUGGCAACAACUCAGCUGUAACCAAACUCUCAGUUCCUGAGGCUAAACAUCCAAUCACCAGUACAGAAACUAGCAUAACACAGACUAAGUCCACUGCCAGCACUGCUGCUUCUGUACAACACAGACCUGUGGUGACCUCAGCAGUUGCCACUGAAACUCGGUACACUUCUUCCUCUGCUUCUACUGCAUGUUUGACUCCAGUCUGCACCAGCAGUAUCACAGCAACUGCACCAUUAUCUUUAAAUAAGACUACCCACCAAACAUCACCUUGUCAUUCCCAGGGAUCUGCCACACAAGAUUCUCUGCCUUGUAAUAAAUCGGAAUCUCAACCCACUCCUUCAUCCUCUGUGUCCACAACCCUGUCAUCACCUGCACCUGGGUUUUCUGCUAUGCACAGCUCUGUGACAACCCCUACAACAAGUUCAGAUAUUAGUAAAAGGGACACUAGUCCCAGUGCUCCAACACAGCAGACUGUUUUGAGUACACCCAAUCUGUCCUCCUGCCAUACUGCUGAGGGGGCACCGCCUCAGGGCCCUAGAACGAACAGUGAGGCUCAGGAGGAGAUGCAAUCCACACCAGUAGCUAAAGAGAGCUUAGUAGUGGUGACUUCUGAUAUUCCCUCUAGAAAGGACUUUUCAUUAUCUCAACAGGUGUACACUAAUUUAGAUGAUCUGGAGCACUCUAUGACCGCUAGCAGACAGACUGAUUCUCCCAUGUCUACUGGAGCUGGGGGUGGUAGAGGGUUUUCUGUGGCAUCCAUGCUUCCCCAAGGCCACAAUAUCGGUGCAUCAUCUGGGUCCUUUGGAACAUAUACGUUCACGACAGAGCAAGCAGAGAUGCUGGCCUUAGCCAUGCUGGAGCAGGACAGCCCCGGAAGGAGGAGUGGAGGCUGCUCUGGGGAAAACACUGCAUCAGCUAACCCCACCACAGCCACAUGGGAGCCCCCCAAAACCCCAUCAGUGUCAACCAGUAAAGAACGGGGCUCAGCUGGGCAGCAGGCUAAAGUGGCUAAGCCCAUGGACCCAGGAACAGUUAAACCUGCUGUUGAGGUGUCUGUCAGAGGACAAGUUGGGGAAGGGUCUGUGAGUGCACCCAGUGGAAGCAGACAUCCACAAAACGUCUCUUACUCCCAGUCUCAGCCUCUUCCCCAGGCCCAGUCUCAGAGCUCAUCACAAAGUGGGACAGUGGCAAGCCUCAGUGUCAACAACCUGAUUAGGCCCAGCUCUAGUCACCAACCCUAUCCUGGCUCACCUAGUCUGGCUGGCCAGCAGCCCUCAGCUCUCUCUCCUGCAGGGACCACUUCUCAUAUAUCCCAAGCCUCAAACAAUGCACACUCACCCUGUUCAGGUGCUGCCCAGCCAAAUGAGUAUGCCCCCUUAAAGACUGCAUUAAUGAGGGCUCAGGCAGGAGUUGGUGUUGGUGAGCGACAAGUGAAGAUAAUCUCUAAGCGACAGGCCCAGGAGGAAGUGAUGUUAAACACCGGUAAACGACCUAAGCCUUGCCCUCCACCAGGUAACCCUGUCAACCACAUGGAUGUGAAAGCUGCUGACCACAGCCAGAUGAUGGUUGGUCAGCUACCAUCAUCUUCCUCAGCUGUCAUGACAAGGAUUAAUCCAGAAAGUGGAGCCCCUCUCUUCUCUGCAAACACUUUCAUGAGCCCGGUAGUUCGGCCUGCAGAUGGGCACUGCCCUCCACAAGGACCUCCUGAGCAGAACCAGCCAGGUGUACUUCAUCUGCCCCAGGGCCACCAGCAGCAUGCUGUAACACAGCCUGGCCAACAUCUGGGAGGGAACCUUUACAUGAAGCAGCAGCAGCAAGAGCAGCAGAGACACCAUCUGUAUCAUCUGCAGCAUCACUUGACACAGACAGACCCAGCACAGCGCCACUCACUACACCAGAGGGCGCUGCAGCAACAAGAGCAGCAGCAUGUUCAGAAGAAGCGGGGACUUGUCAGAGGCAGUCAGACUGGCUCACCUGCUGGCCUGCAGCAGAAGCAGCAUCACCUGGAAAAGUCUGGAGUGCAGCAGCAGCCACAGCAGCAUCCUUCACAUCAACAACAGACACAGCAUCAACAGCACACACAGCAGCAGUCCCAGCAACAUCCACAACAGUCACACCAACAAUCACAGCAGCAUCAACAGCCAACACAGCACCAAUCUCAUCCCCAGCAGCAUCAACAACAGACACAUCAACAGCCUCCCCAGGCGCAUCAACAACACCAACAGCAGUUGCAGCAGCAGCAACAGAGCUCUCACUCCAGACACCAGCAGCAUCUGCAGCAGCAGAUCCAGCAGCAGCACUUUAGGCACCAGGAGAAGAGCUGUGAAGCCCAGGCAGCUGGUUCCAGAGCCCAUCACAGUAAUCACUUGGCCCAGCAGGACCACCUCAAGCCCGGUCAGGACCAUAACGCUAUGCAGAGGAUGAUGAGCUCUAGGAGUCUUGAGCAGCAGCUCAUUUCUCCUCCCGCCAAUCCGGUGUCCCGGUCGUCUGACCUGGCAUGCACGCCAUCUCGCCAGGAGCGCCACCGUGUGUCCAGCUACUCUGCAGAGGCACUCAUUGGUAAAAGCUCCACUAGUGGUGACCAGCAACAGCGCAUUGGUCUCCACCUUCAGCCUGGUCGCAGUGCUGCUCAAGAGCAGCCAGACCUCCGUGGUUACCUGGACACGUCAAGAGGGAAGGCCAACAUUGCACACAACCCACAGAGCCGCCUGCCGUCUGACCAUCCAGGGUCCACUGAUGUUCAGCGUGUCUCAGAGUGUCCACCCUUCAAGGCUAUGGGGGGUGCAGGAGGAGCACAUCAGCUCAGUGGUUUUGAGGCUCAAGUGUCUCGUGGGAGUGACAUGGCAUCUAAACCAGUGCCUCCCUCCCAGAGGGGCCCUCAGGGGCAGCAACAGGCAGGUUUCAGGAUGGGUCCCCCAGCAGAUGGCAGAAAUCGAGGUGGAUAUAGUGGAGCUCAUCCUGGCUCACAGGGGGUCCAGGUUGGACCAGCACUGCCUCGGGAACAGGAAGGCUGUCACCAGAGUUUCAUGCAAAGCCUCCUUUCCCCCCACCUUCCUGAACAGAGCAACCACCAGCGAGCAGUGCAGUGCUGUCCCCCAGUCAGCAUGGAGUACAGCUGUGUGCCUGGAAGCUCUUCAGGAGACAUACAGGCCAAGGCCUCCAGUCCCAGUGUUCCCCAAACCCAGAAGGCUCCACCUAUGCGACUUACCGAGGGAAACAAGGGCCACAUUUCUCAGGUCGGUAGUAAUAUGCACGCGGGCCCAGGUGUGCGAGCAGGACUCCCCCACCCUCCACCCCCACACAGCAGCGCUGAGCCAGGCCGCUCCUCUGCCCCCUCUCGUCAACCCCCUGCUGUUAGCCAGCACUCUCGCCAUAUUGCCAGAGAUCCUCAGCCCACCAAACUGAGACCUGGUGACCGGUCUCGAUCUGGUACUCUCAGACCGAGUAACCCGUUUGAGCCUGAAGGCCAUCUGCCUCUGCCCUCUGGAGGAGGGGUGCUGCUGAGCCGACCGCAGUCUGGAGGCGAGGCAAGACGCAGCACCAUUGUCCGCUUUAUGUCAGACACUGCUCAGGUUCCUAGUGACAACAACCUGGUUCCUGACCAGCACCUAACACAGAACUUUGGUUUCCCUUUUAUUCCCGAGGGAGGGAUGAAUCCGCCACCUCCCAUCAAUGCAAACUCCACAUUCAUCCCACCAGUGAGCCAGCCCAAUGCCUCCCGUACGCCGUCCCUUCUCCCUGUGGAGCCUCAGAACACUUUACCCUCCUUCUAUCCUUCCUAUUCCCCGGCUGCUCACCCCAGCCUUCCCAGUGAUGUCACCCUCCAAUACUUUCCCAACCAAAUGUUUACGAGCCCGAGUGCCGACAAAGGCAGCGCUCCUCCACUCAACAACCGCUUCGGCUCAAUUCUCUCCCCGCCACGCCCUGUGGGUUUCGGUCAGGCCAGUUUCCCACUACUUCCAGAAAUGCCCCCAAUGCCUAUCGCCAACUCGUCUGGAAUCACCCCUCACAUUUCCAACUUCAGCUUGACCUCUCUUUUUCCUGAAAUUGCCACCGGCAUGCCCACUGAUGGGUCGGCCAUGCCAAUGUCUCCCUUGCUGUCUCUCCCUAACACCGCAUCUGCCGACUCUGGCAAGCAGCCGACUCGUCCUGCCCACAACAUCAGCCACAUUCUGGGCCACGACGGCAGCUCAGCUGUGUGAGGAACCUCCUGCUGCAGUUUGAAUGUGAUAGUGAACUGGUGUUUUAGAGCAAAAAUUUUAAAUGUUCUGUUUAAAAUGUGUUGUUGCUUUUAAUGUUCAGCGAGUUGAGAAAGUGGUGAUGAAGCAGCUGACGAAAUAGUGAUUUUUGUUGUUUACGUGUUCAAAACAAUUUCAGUCUAAGAUAUGUUCCCCUUGGCAUAUGUCAUUGUUAUCAUUUGUAAUAUUCAACAAUCUUAUAAUUUUAUGGGAACAUGGAAAUGUGUAUCUUUAAAGUGCCCCUAUUAUGCUUAUUUACAGGCUCCUAAUUUUAUUUUGAAAGUCUACUAGAAAAGGUGUGCAUGCUUUAAUAUUUAAUAUUCUUCUUAUACUGCGCAUUGCUGCAGCACCUCUUUGUACACACAGUUUUAUAUUUAUUUUUUUGUCUUUUUGAGGCUGCACUCACACAAGCCCGUUCUGGUCUGGAUAGUUAGCUCCACCAGUUCCACGUGUAACUGGCGUAGCUCUUCAAAAGCUGUCAUCAGCAAACAAAAAGCUGUGGCCACGUUAUAUAAACAUGCAUUUUGGUUUUGGCAUCAUCUUACAUUUGAAUAUGAUCAAAAUCUUUAGCUUGGUGAUUUUUUUGUCAUAUAAUCUUGCUGUUAGUGCAGAGCAGGGGAAUGAAAGUGAUGGCUGGUUUAUAUUUGGCUUAAUGGGCUGUGGCUGUGGUACCAUAUCAUGCUCGUUUGGUCAUUGUUUGAUAAGAAGCAGCUUUAAGCCGCUCCCUUAUUCAUAAGCGGUCGCCACAGCACCACUGCAUGUUUUGAUUUGGCAGAUUUUUACUUUGGAUUCCCUUCCUGAUGCAACCCCCACAGGGAUUUGUCUCCUCCCAGGAUUGAGCAAGCCAGCAAAAGCACAAUUAGAGCAGCUUUUUUUGGGGGUGAUUUAAAAUAGUCUACACAUGGAGAAUAUGCCAGCACAUAGAAGAGGAGAGGGGCAAACAGGUGGUAGCACACAGUAGUAACACUAAACAUACAGAUUUUCCUCUUGUGGGAACAUUAAAGUAAGUAAUCCACUGGCUUAUUAGUUCUUGAAGAUCUGUUUGUUCUUACAGCCAACAUUUGGAGUAUUUUGUUGAUAAGAGACAUUUUAGAGUUAUCUGUCUUUAGUUGAGGUAGAUGCUUGUUCUUCGAGGGUGAGCAAAGUGAUUCCAGUGACAUAGAUAAGUGUCAUAAAAAACAGUAAUGAGUUCUGUGAGAGAGAAUAAGGCUGGGGUUAUGCCUAGUUGACAGCUGCAGACACCACAGUUGAGCAGUUCUUAUCAUACCUUCUCAUAAUCUGUAUGGAGGUAUAUGUCAUUCAUGCCAUUUUAGUUUAGUGUCAUUGCACUAACAGCAAAUUAGCAGGCAGCCCAAGCAAACCUUUGCAUGUUGGUGGAAGUGAAAGCACUUUUUAAACUCCCUUUGAUGUGGACUUUGCAAACGUCAAACGUAAAACUAUAGAACAGCCUGAACAGUAGAGAAAAAACUCAAAAGCAUAAUAGGGGCACUAUAAAGUUCUUUGUGGAAAUGUUGGUUAAACCAACAGUUUGGUAGUAAAAAUCAGUUUUAGGUUUAGAGCUUGAGUUAAGUAUUCUGGGACAUUGAGAAACCUUCUGCACAGUUACCUACUAAUGUAAUUUACUAACUUAUCAGGUUGUACUGUACAGAAUUGUUUUUCCAAGAGCUAUUUUGUAAAUACCAAUGUUUCAUAUCAGAAUUGAUAGAUUAUGUAUGUAUUUGUAAAUACAAGAUUGAUUAAUAAAGUUUAU